GAGGAGGAAGAGGAGGAGGAUGGUGAGGGGAAAGAAGAGGAAGGGAUUGAGGCUGCUGACGGCGAAGAGGAUUUUAGUGCGGACGCGAACCUGUUCGACCAGGAAGGUGGCGAUUUUGCGGCGCCUGAGCCAGACGACGUGAAGGAGAGCUUUGAGAGGCCAUUCGCUAAGCAGACAGCCGAACAGCAGGGUUCGGAACGGCAAAAGGCGGAGGUAAAGGAAGAGCCCCUGAGUGAGGCGGAGAUCAAAGAGACGCAGCCAAGCAGGAAGAGGCCGUUUAGUGAGCAGGGACACGGAUACUACGAGUACAGAGAAGACCGCAGUUAUGGCCGAGCGAAGUCUCCCCAGCCACCGGCGGAGGAUGACGAAGAGGACUUCGAUGAGACGACUGUGGCUAUUGACACUUAUAACUGCGACCUGCACUUUAAGGUGGCUCGAGACCGUUUCAGUGGCUACCCCUUGACCAUUGAAGGGUUUGCUUAUCUGUGGUCAGGAGCACGGACAACGUACGGGGUCAACAAGGGAAAAGUUUGCUUCGAAGUUAAGAUUAACGAAGAGAUGGCCGUCAAACACCUCCCGGUAACGGAACCCGACCCGCAUGUGGUCCGUGUCGGCUGGUCGCUCGACUCCUGUAACACUCAGUUAGGGGAAGAGGAGUUCUCGUUUGGUUACGGAGGAACAGCCAAGAAGUCAACCAACUGCAGGUUUGAAAAUUACGGAGAGCGGUUUGCUGAGAACGACAUCCUCGGAUGCUACAUCGACUUCGAGGCGGGCGAGGAGGUGGAAAUGUCUUUCUCGAAGAACGGCAAGUGGCUGGGGGUCGCCUUCAGGACCAAGAGGAGCGUGCUG